CAUAACCAUCUCCUCCGUUCUCCUUUCCCAACAAGGACUGACUCUGCACAUCUCCACCAUUCCAUUUUCAUCUCCUCCAUUGUCAUGAAGAAGAGAUCAAGCACUCCCUCUGAUGAUGGGCGUUCAUUGCGCCGAGCUUCCUCUGCCCCACUCUCUGUAAUCUGCAGAAGAAGUGGGAAGGAGGGCGAGGGGAACAGGAGUCAUAAGAAGAUGAAGAUGAAGGAGGAGUGUGAUGAAUUCCAGGUGGAGGAAGGGGCAGAGGAAUGCAGCGCCAGGGAGAGGUUGCAGAGAUACAGAGUACAGGUUGCAGGGAGUGUUUGGAUUCCUGAUUCGUGGGAUCAGGAGGAGCGUUUGAAGGAAUGGGUCGAUCCCAUUGCUCUCGACCGCUCGCUUGCCCCAGAUGGCCUUCUCUCUGCUCGCACUGCGCUCAUCCGUGACUGCCUCUCCAACAGAGAAUCUGAUCCUCCUCCGCCCCCUGUCAUUACUUGUUCUCAAUAGCCCCCCUGUGUUUACUUGCUCUGAAUCUACCUUCUUCUUAUUCAUGUAUAUGUUUUAUAGAUCUAACAUCAUGGAGAAAUGGAAUACUGCAAAAUUUACUUAUAUAUAUGUUUUGAAAUCUGUGAAGAAUGUAGCCGUGGGGCAGUCUUCUUCAUAAUAAAGAUUCAGUUUUUACUGCGUUUGACUGAA